AGUUUCCAUGAACUAACUGGCUUGAGAUAAAGAGGAGAAGGUCCAGGGACCAGGGAUUCACCUUGGCAAAGACAGUUCUGACCAGAGACCUCUAACCUGAGCAUUAAGACACUCCAGAAGAUUCACAGGAUAGAGCAGGGCCAUUUCCCACGAGUAGCAGAAAAUGACCAGGUCCCAGGGAUCCUUGUCAUUUGAGGAUGUGGCUGUGGUCUUCACCUGGGAGGAGUGGCAGCUGCUGGACUCUGCUCAGAAGAGUGUGGACAGAAGUGUGGUGUUGGAGAACUGGAGCAGCCUUGUGUCGCUGGGGUUUCAAGUUAUCAAACCAGAUGUGAUCUUCAAAUUGGAGGAAGAGCAGCAAUGGAUAAUAGAUGAAGAUAUCACAGGUCAGAGAUUUUCAGAAUACUGGAAAGUGGAUGAUUACAAAGCUUGGCACCAAGAAAUCCAAGACAGGCUUAAAAGUUUGGAACAAGCCCACGAAGGUCGUGCAAGUGGAAAAAUAGUUCAGUCAGGCAUGAACCUUUCACUUUUAAAGCAAAAAGCCAAGCAUAUGUGAAAUGAAUAUAACCAUGAACAUGCUAUGUGUCAUGUACAUAGCAUGGCAUCUGUCAAGAGUUCUACACAGAAUAUCAUUUACCUUGUCCUACAACAAUAGAAGGUAAACUAGGUCAAGUUAUUGACUUAUUAUUUAAAAAAUAGUCUAAAUUGUAUUACCAGAUACUUUCUUGGCACAGGUAAAUGAGUUUGAGAACUUCUACCAUGCUCUGUCUUCAAUAACAGGAGCUGGGAUUUUUUAAAUAAAAUCUCCAGCUUCCUCUGAGUCACCAGUUUAUAUACAGAAUUGCUGUUCAUAUUAGAUACGUAAAAGGCAAGAAUGCAAGUUAACAUGGCUGACUGAGCAAAAGAGAAGCUCUGAUUUGUAUUGCUCAUCAAUCUAAAUAUGUGAAAAAUGGAGGCAGUAAAAACAAAAGGCCCACAAAGCAUAUCCUUCUAUUUUUCCAGUGGGAUUUCUGUGCAAGUUCAGUUGUACAUUGAUCAAAUAUAAUAUGGCCAAGAAACUAUCUGUAUUUUAUGUUAAUAUGAUAAGACAUCAUGUUGUCUGUUCUCUGCCAAUCUUUUAAUGUUUUCCUUAAGUCCUUUGCAGAUAAUUAGAAAAAGAAACCCACUUUAUUUUUAAAGGGCCAUGUAAUUCUUUAAGGUUACAUGCAGAGACUUUGCUAGGAGAAUUAGGAUUUUUGACAGGUUGAUUCAGAGAUCUCAUACAGAUGAGGCUUUAGAAAUUGAGUUAUUUUAUUUGUAAAAGAUCUUUGUUUAAUUAUUUAAUUACAAGAAACCUUGCAAUGUGCAAGAUGUUAUCUUGCUUUUCAAUGCACCAACUUUUAUUUAAGUUAAAAUUAUUAAUAAUGUGCCUUGAAAAUGCCAAAAACCUUUUUGAUGGUUGGUGAAAUUUAGAGAUUUGCACUAUUCCCUAAACGUGUGAUUUUUCUCGUAUUGCCAACACAAAAAUUUGUCUUUGUUGAAACUGUCUAUUAUGCAAGUUGUGCCUACCUCUGUUUAGAAUUCUUAGUAAUUCCUCUCCUUGGUAUCGCUUGACAAUGACCAAAUCCUUUCUUGAAUGAUUGUAACAUUCAGAAUUACAGAAAACCAACUGUUUUCAUUAGAGAAAGGAAUACUCUUUAGAUUGUAUAUCCAAGAGCAGACAUUAAGUGCAUAUGGGGUUGUAUUCAAAGUUAAAGUUAGGAUCUAGGUUGGCAAAGUAUCGCUGUAGGGUAUGGUUUGACCCCAGAUUUCUUACGCUGCCUGUAUGAGGAGGUCUCCAUUACUCUGAAGUGUCAUGAGAACAUUGGUGGCUGGUUUACCAGUCAGGGCCCAACCUUGAAAAUAACAACUACUCUAAGUAAAACAGAAGGACUUUACAACAGGAAGUUGAUGACACAGGUGAUGGGAGAAGUGAGAAGCCAGAGAGGGUGGUGAGAUGGACAAAUGAGUAAUUAUUCGUUCACAGUUUUUGCUCUCCAUCCCUACAAGCUUGGAUUCCUCUGGGUUAGAGGUCUUAAUUCUCAAGGAAAGAAGGCUUCUACCAAAUGGCACAAAAAUAGUUCUGUGACACUGGAAGUUAAAAGUUUUCAGCUUCUUGUGCAAGUGAAUCAACAGUCAGAAGAGGAGGUUACUAUUACUGCUGAAGUUUUUAAUCCGUGGAGUUUAGGCAUUGCUGGUGCACAGCUGGGGCCAGGUGGACCAUAUAUGGAACCAACAGAUUCGCUGCUGAGCCUUUUACUGUUUCCGUGUAAGAUAGUAAGUUUCAGUGGGAAUCUAAAGCCCCUCAGUGAGGAUAGGAUUACUAGGAAUUCAGAUUCUUCAGUAAUGAAGAUUUGGGUUUCCUCACCAGGUAAAGAACCUUGACUUGCUGAUAGCUGGCUAAUGGCAAGCAUAACAUGGAACAGGUGGCAGAAGAAAGUUAUAUAAAAAAAAAUCAACCAGGAGCCAGCACAGUCGUGUAGUGGUUAAGUUCACAUGCUCCGCUUUGGUGGCCUGGGAUUCACAGGUUCAGAUCCCAGGUGUGGACUUACACACCACUCAUCGUGCCAUGCUGUGGCAGCAUCCCACAUGUAAAACAGAGGAAGAUUGGCACAGAUGUUAGCUCAGAGCCAAUCUUCCUCACCAAAAAAAAUCAUAAUAAUAACCAGAGUUGUAUGAUAAGUACAGAGAUGAAUGUACCUGCUAUGCAUAUUUUUCUUAUGUUUCAACACAUUUUUCCUAUGUUUUGUUUUGAUAUGGAGCAUUGGUGACAUUUUGUUUUAUAAUUUAGUUCAUAGAUCAUGAGAUCAAGAAAAGUUAUGUUGUGUCUAGACAUCCUAGACUUGAGAUGUGAACAGUAACUUAUAGAACUUUGUAUUCCUCUUGCUGGGGGAGAGAGUGAGUGUCAUUGUGUGAUUUGUUGAUUCACAAUAGGCAGAAGUGUCACAUGUGUAUCACAGAAGUGUGAGAAGAAAGGAUGCUGAAUAACAAAAUGGUGGGCUGUGCUGAUCCUGGGCCUGCUUGGUCCUCAGAUCCAUCCCCUGUCCUCCCCCAGCCUGCUCUGCUCUCAGGCAGGGCAAGUCUGCCUCAUGGGAUGUGUUCCAGUCUCCUGUGUCAGGUGCUUCUAGAAGAGUUUGGUUAGUGGAAGGUAUUAAUGGGAGAUUGGAGGGUGUGAGAUUAGUAAAAACUAGGGUAUUUCUUCCCGUCUGUGCCCCAGGCAUUCUCUCCAGCAAAGGCCGUGUCCCCUCUUUAGCCCCAGCUCCUCCUAAAUGGCCUACCAUGGUUACAGCACCGCUGGAUGACCCUGGCCUCUGGGCUCCGGUAAUACCUCCACCUCCUCUGACCCCUCCAGCCUAGUCUUGGUAAUGAAUUCUUGCUUCUGUUGAAUUCCUGAUGUCUUGCCACCCUCAUUGGCUUCCCAUCUCUCUUAUUGUUACCAAGAGUUCAGUCUCUGAACUGGGUCCCAAUCCAAAUAACGAGAACAGAGUUUUAGGUGAAUAGGAAAAUCAGCUUUUUUUUUCUUUACCAGGUAAAGGGAGCUGACAACAAGCUGGUGCCUUAGGAGCUGCUGGCUCUCUUUUAAGAAGUGGGUGAGAAUUUUAAAGAUUUGCAAGGAAUGUGGCUUCUUGUAGGGAGGGGGAGCCUGUGGCCCUGCCGGUUCUGCACUUUCCUGCAUUUGGCCUUGGGAGGCUGUUUGCAGGGAGGCGGUGGUGAGAGAAGGGAAUCUGCAGAGGGAUGUCCUUUGCUGUCUGCCUCCAUGGUGGAUGGUGGAUUCCGGUGCCAGGAAGCCAAGGAGCUGGGGCCUGGGAAGCUUCAGCUUCUUGAUCUUCUCUGAACAUCAGUUUCUUUGUCCUAAACUUCAAGGACCUGUGAUGAGCCACAACUUUAGUGGGAGCCCAGCAUGAGGCCAUGUGGGCUUUAACAUUGUGUAACUUCUAUUUGGUUGUGAAGCUCAGGGAAUCAAGGUUAAAGAAACAGAUAGUUACAUGUGAGUGUAGCUAAAGCAGCAGGGGAAGGGGUGAGUGCUUUUGGUUUUAACCUGGUAUAUGCUGGGCUCAGUGUAGGGGAACCACCAAUAGCAGGGCUGGUGUUAAUUAGGAGCCUGUAACACUAUCCCUGUGUAACCAACUUCUCAUCUUGAAUUCCCUCUGUUUUACUUAGACUAGUUCUUAUUUUCAAGAUUGGACCCUGUGCGUUACAGCUGUGGGAGAAACAGUAGAUAGUGGUUGCAGGUUCAGAGCAGGUUCAGAGCCAGCACCUCAACCUUGCAGAGUAUAUGAGUUCCUAGCAAAAUUAUUCAUAACAGCCAAAUCCUGGAAACAAUUCAAAACAGCUUUUGGGUGGAUAAAGGAAAUGUGGUAUACCCAUACAGUAAAAUACUUUUCAGCAAUAAAAAGUUAUGACAUAGUUGCAGCAAGAAAGGAACCAGACACAAAAGACUAGAUAUUCUGUUUGUGUGAAAAUAUCCAGAAAAGGCAAAUCAAAAGAGAUGCAGAUAUGUGAUUGCCUUAGGCUGGGGGUCGGUCAACUGCAAAUGGGAAUGGGGGUACUUGUAGGGGUGAUAAAACUGGAUUAUGGUGAUGGUGCAUAACUCUACCUAUUUACUGAAAGCCUUUGAAUUGGACACUUAUAAUGGGUGAAUUACACCUCAAUAAAGGUGUUUAAAAAUGGGUAGAGCUAAAGAUAAAAGUAGAAAAAUGCACAAUCGUAAUUGGAGAUUUUUUUACUUCCUUCUUACUAAUAGAACAAGUGCACGCAAAAAAUCUAGAAGGAUAUAAAGUAUUUGGGAAAUUUUAUGAACGAACCUGACCUUUGACAUUUACAGACCUCUGCACAUAAAACCUGCAGAAUGUACAUUUUUUUCAAGGAACAUUGGACAUGGAACAUUGACUAAUAUAGACCAUAUGUGAAGCCAUAAAUCAGGUCUCCAUAGAUAAAAAUCAUAGGAUAUAUUCCAUAAUAACAAUAGAAUUAAAAUAAAUAUAAUAGUAAGCCAUCUAGAAAAUGCCCAUAUAGUUGAAAAUUAGGCAAUACACUCCUAAGUAACACAUAAAAUAAGGAAGAAAUCAAAGGAGAACUUAAAAACAUAGUUUGAAUUAAAUGAUAGGGAAAACAACACACCAGACUUAAAGAGUUGCGGCUGAAGCUGUGCAUUAAAGGAAAUUACAGCUUUAACCUGUCAGAAAAGAAGAAAAGUCUAAUAUCAGUGAUUUAAGCCUCAGCCUUCCAGAGAUUGAAAAAGAGCAAAGUAAAUCCAAAGUAGAAGGUGGGAAACAAUAAAGACAAAAGAGGAAAUCAGUAACCUAGAAAACAAAAAAUUGAGAAAAUUAACAAAAAUGUAAUUGAUUCUUUGAAAAUAUAGAAUGGAUAAACCCCAGCUAGACCAAUGAAGAGAACAGAAGAGUCAAAUUACUCCUGGGAGGGACAAAAGAAGAGUUGUCAUUACAGAUCCUGUAGAUGUUAAAAGAAAAAUAGGAGAAUUUACAAACAGAUUUUUUCCUAAUGUAUUUUACAACUUAGAUGAAAUGGACACUUAGAUGAAACUGACACAAGGUAAAAUAUAUGGCUCUAUAUCUAUUGCAUGUAUUAAAUUCACCUCAGCACAAAAGAAAAUUCACUGAUGGGAAUUCUAUGAAAUAAUUUAUUAAAACAAUAUGAAUCCUACACAAACGAAGAGGAGUAAGAAAUACUUCCCAACUCAUUUCGUAAGGCCAGCAUAGCCCUCAUACCAAAACCUGCCAAAGAUACUAUAAGAAAAGUAAAAUUACAGACCAAUUCAUGAAUACAGAUGCAAAAAUCCUGAACAAAAUAUUAGCAUAUCAUAAUUAACAAAUAAUAGCAACAUAGGAAAGUGAUACUACAUCAUGACCAAGUGGCAUUUAACCCAGGAGUGCAAAUUUUAAUGAAUAUUUGAGAACCAAUUGAUGUAAUUCACAACAUUAACUAAAGAAAAAUCAUCUCAGUAUAUGCAAAAAAAUUUUUGACAAAACUCAAAUGGGAACAUUUUGAGGGAUUUGGAAAUAGUUUGUCUCUUGGGGUGUUGGAGACAGGUCUAUAUUUAUCAUAACUCAUUAAACCACACAAUUAAAAUACAUGCAUUUUGUUGUAUGUAAAUUAUGCCUCAAUGAUAAACCCUCAACUCAGCCCCCACACAGCUCAAUCUCUGAUCGAAGUGCACAGAACCUAUAUUACUUUCCUGAAUUGGGAAAGGGGUAAUCCUCUUUGAUCUAAGAGAGUAUCAUCUGGAGAGCCUUUACAUUUCUUAUUUAUAGAAUAUUUAAUAUAAAAUUUAAAAUGGCUAAAUAUGCCAAAACUCAAGAAAAUGUUACUGAUAAUCAAAGGAAAAAAACAGUCAAUAGAAACAGACCCACACAGGCCGGUACCAUGGCCAAGUGGUUAAGUUUGCAUACUCCACUGCAGUGGCCCAGGGUUUCACCG